CGAUAAAAUGGUGAGCUCUAGGACAGUCGGUUUUUUUGUAAGUGUUUUGGUGUGUUCUGUGGUAUGUAGUGAUUACCCACAGGUUACGAUUAGUGAUGGAAUACUACAGGGAGCCUUUUUAAAAACUCGAAAUAAUAGAAAAUUUAGCGGAUUUAACGGAAUACCAUUUGCUAAACCUCCGGUGGGCGAACUAAGAUUUCAGCCACCCGUUCCAAAUGAUCCUUGGGAGGGACAACUGAACGCCACUGGUGUCCAUGCCGAAUGUCCUCAAAGAGAUGUGUAUAGAAGAUCUCCCAAAAUAUCAGGCGAAGAAGACUGCCUGUACUUGAAUGUGUAUACGCCAAAGUUAUCAAACUUUGAAAAUGAUCUGCUGCCUGUAAUGAUAUGGUUUCAUGGUGGUGGACUUCUAUGCGGUGGUGGCAAUUCGGAUUGGUACGGACCUGAUAUUUUGUUAGACAGGGACAUUGUUCUCGUAGUAACAAAUUACAGAUUAGGUCCAUUAGGAUUCUUGGCAACUGGGGAUGCAGUUGUGCCUGGAAAUAAUGGUCUUCGAGAUCAAUCAUUGGCUUUACGAUGGAUUCAGAAAAAUAUCAAGAAAUUUGGAGGUGAUCCAAAUCAAGUUACUUUAUUUGGUGAGUCCGCUGGUGGAUCUAGCUCUAAUUUCCAUAUGAUAUCACCUUUAAGUAGAGGUCUUUUUACAAAAGCCAUUCUUCAGAGUGGUACAACCUUAUGUCCAUGGACGUUUAGUGAAAACCAAGAAACAGAAAAGAAUUCAAGAAAGUUGGCUAAAGCUUUAAACUGCCCAACUGAUUCGAGUCAAAAAAUGGUGGAAUGUUUAAGAAAAGUGGAUGCCAGAACAUUUGUUGAACUGGAUGAUAUUUUCAAGGUAUGGGACUACGAUCCUAUGAUUCCAUUCAAACCAGUUGUAGAACCAAGUGAAGUUGAAGAUCCAUUUAUGCCUGAUCAUCCGCUAAAUAUUAUUAAGUCUGGAAAAAGUAUGGAUGUUCCAAUUAUUAUCGGAAUCACAAGGGAAGAUGGUGCUCUGAAAAACGCAGGUUAUAAAAACGCCAAUUUGCUGGACGAAUUUGCCGAUAGAUUCGACGAACUUGUUCCAAUUUCUCUAUUUUAUGAUAGGACGGAAAAAGAUCCUCAAAGGGUGACUCGCCGUCUGAAAAAAUUCUAUUUUGGAAAUAAAAGAGUUCAAGAUUCUAUUCAAGGAAUAACUGAUAUGUACACUGACGGCUGGUUCUUUAAAUGUUCCGAUGAUGUGGCAAGACUUCAUACAAAGUUCUACAAACAGCCUGUAUACUUUUAUCUUUUUGGAUACAACGGAAGUGUAAGCUUUUCCAAAGUUUUUGGUGGAGGUGAAGAUUAUUACGGUACGGUUCAUGCUGAUGAUUUGCAGUACCUUUUCCCCGUUGGUGAUGGACUUUUCCCGGAUGUUAUACCAUCAGAAAGUGAUAAAAGAAUAGCCAAAGUUUUUACAACACUCUGGACGAACUUCGCUAGGACUGGAAAUCCCACGCCAGAAACCAACGCCUUACUUCCGAAUAAAUGGGAAAAAUAUACUUUAGAAAAUGAAGAGUACUAUAUUAUCGACAAUGAUAACUUGGAAACAAGGAAAGGAAUUUUAAGAAACAGAGCUUUGUUUUGGAGGGAACUUAUUAAUGAUCCUCUUAAAGAGGGUAAGAGAGAAGAAUUGUAGAUAAGCUAAUAUUAAUAAUUACUGUAAAUAAAA